UUUCAGUCCACGCAAUCUCAAGAAGGGUUCAAGCUGGAAGAUCUAAAGAAACUAGAGCCAAUUCUAGACAACCUUCUAACCUACAAUAAAGAAUUCCCUUUUGAUGUACAACCUGUUCCUUUAAGGAGGAUUUUGGCACCUGGAGAAGAAGAAAAUUUGGAAGUGGAGGAGGAGGAAGAGGAUGGAGGUGCUGGGGUGGGUUCUCCAGACUCCUUUCCAGCCCGUGUACCGGGAACUCUUCUACCCAGACUACCUUCCGAGCCUGCGAUGACACUACUCACCAUACGAAUUGAAAAGAUUGGCUUGAAGGAUGCUGGCCAGUGUAUUGACCCAUACAUAACUGUCAGCGUGAAGGAUAUAAAUGGUAUAGACUUGACCCCUGUACAAGACACUCCCAUGGCGUCCCGGAAAGAAGACACAUAUGUUCAUUUUAAUGUGGAAAUUGAAAUUCAGAAACACAUUGAAAAAAUCACAAAAGGGGCAGCUAUUUUCUUUGAGUUCAAGCACUACAAGCCGAAGAAGAGGUUUACAAGCACAAAAUGUUUUGCCUUCAUGGAGAUGGACGAGAUCAAAUCGGGACAGAUAGUAAUAGAACUCUACAAGAAGCCAACGGACUUUAAAAGGAAGAAACUACAGCUGCUAACCAAGAAGCCUCUGUAUCUGCACUUACAUCAGACGUUACAUAAAGACUGA